CUCCCCGUCUUUGUUGGGAGACUGCCGUGGUGAACAACCAGUCACUGCACGGCAGACUUUAUAAAGAGGGGGGAAAGCUUCGACGCACAGAUGAUACAGGAGCGACACUAAUAAACAGACAAAAUGUCCAACAAAAAGUCUUCGCUGAUGCCAGGUGAUGUGGAGAACCUGAGGAAAAGAUCUGCGACGGACACGCCAGAGAACUGUGUAGAUCCUGAGCAGCAUCAACGGUUUCCACGGCGACAGUCCCAAAGUGAUUGGCUCUGUGUUGGCCCCCAGCAUCCAGAGCUAGGCGCAGCGGAGACGCCCCCCCCAGAUGCUUUUGCCCACCACUUCUGCCACUACACACCAAAAUGUUUCCUCACCGUCCACAGAGGAGGACAAGGCGCCUCAGACCGGUCUACUCCGUCACGAGGUUCCCGGUCUACUCCGUCACGGUAUGGAGAAGAGGGUUGGCAUGAAGGCACCUCAAAGACCACAAUCAGAGCUGAGAAUGAGGUGGAGGCACACAGGGAAGCCAACAACUACAAGUUUGGCUUCAGGAAGUGGAAGGGCAAUGUAACGGAGAAGCCCAUUGAAGACAGAUCAGACGUCAUCAAAGAGCUCUACUCUGAUCUUAGCAUUGUUAAGCCUCGAGAAGGCUCAGUGAUCACCUUUGGGAACAUAGUGUAUGUACUUUUAUUUGGAUGGUGGAUAUCUUUAAUCUACUUCCUCAUUUGUCCUGUAAUGUUUCUAACAAUCUUCGGUGCCCCUUAUGGCAAACUAUGUUUAAAGAUGGCGUGGUACUUUAUUUGGCCAUUUGGGAAGUCGUUAGAAAAGGCCGGUGAUGUAGUUAAGAGAUCCAAUGUGAGGCCUCCAAAGUGUGAGGUCAGUCCUGAAGAGAGGGACGGUGAAGAUAGUAAGGACCUUGACAGGGACAAGGACUCCGCACCCCUUCUGAUAUCUUCCCCAAUCCCUGUUGAGAUCCCUGUCCAAGAAGCACCAGCUAGAAAAACUUCAAAGCAUUGGUGUCGCAUCAGUACUUAUGUUUGGUUGUCACUGGGUUACCCUGUCCUGGCUGUGGUCCACUCCCUGGCCUGUGUGCUCUCCUGGCUGCUGGUCUUCAGUAUACCUGUAUCCAAGAUGAAUGCUCGCACACUGACCACCAUCCUCCUCAUGGCACCAGAGGACAUUCAAAAUCACAGACUGGAAAAGACACUUGGGUGCGAGACCAGAGUCAUCUUAUGCUGUUAUCAAGCUUUCAAUGUGUAUUACUACAAAUACACUGUCCAAGGAAUUAACAUUUUUGCUCUCAACUCGCUUCCCUUGGUAUUAACCACGCUAAUUAUUGGCUAUACUGACCAUGAACACAAUUACUUCAGCGCGGAGACCAAGUUUGCCACAGCCAUCACUUCCAUCAUUCCUCUAUCCUACUAUAUUGGCAUGGGUAUAGCCAGCAUUUCUGCACAGAGUAACUUUGCAGUGGGAGCGGUGGUGAAUGCCACGUUUGGCUCCAUCACAGAGAUGACAUUCUACAUCACAGCGCUGCUGCAGGGACACCGUGCUGCCACCAAAUGUUACGAAGAGAUCGUUAAAGCAGCACUCACUGGGACCUUGCUUGGGUGUAUACUGUUCAUACCUGGUAUCUGUAUGAUCAUUGGGGGCAUUAAACACCGGGAGCAACGAUUUAACAGUCGUUCAGCCGGAGUGAGCUCAGCUUUGCUCUUCAUAUCCAUAGGAGGUGUGUUUGCUCCCACCCUUUUCUCAAAGACCUUCGGUAAUCUGGUGUGUGAAAGCUGUACCAAUAUUCCAGGCAAUGCCAGCGUACCCUUCAUCUGCAAGGAUUGUUACUACGACAUGAGUCAAACUGACCCACAUUUGAUUCUGUCCCAAAUCGAGCCCCUGGUGUACACAAUUUCUGUGCUGCUGCCUGCUGCAUACCUGAUCGGCCUCAUCUUCACACUGAAGACCCACUCCCACAUCUAUGAUAUCCAUAUUAGCGAUGGCCAAGGGGGCCAUGCACACGGUCAGUACGCACAAGAGGGUACCAGCACCUACCACCCCACUGGUGAGGUCACCACUGACCAUCUCCUUGCAGCCAACUCGUGUAUUAAUGCCAGCAUUGUUGCCACCAGACAGGUGGUUGCAACAGCAGGUCAUCGUGUAGUCCACUGGUCCCGGUGGAGGGCUCUUGCAGUGCUGAUUGUUGCCACAGUGCUGAUGGCCUGCUGCGCUGACCUCAGCACGGACAACAUUGAGCCCAUGCUGACCCACUCCUCCAUCUCACAGUAUUUCAUCGGUGUCACAGUGUUGGCCAUGGUGCCAGAGCUUCCUGAGAUUGUCAAUGGGAUCCAGUUUGCACUGCAGAACAACAUCAGCCUGAGCCUUGAAGUGGGCAGUUGCAUUGCUGUGCAGGUCUGCAUGAUACAGAUUCCAUUACUCAUACUCUUCAAUGCCUUCUAUGAUGUUGGAUUCAUGCUUGUGUUCAGUGAUAUUCAUCUGUGGGCCAGCAUCUUCAGUGUCAUUCUGGUCAACUACAUCUUCAUGGAUGGAAAAUGUGACUACUUUCAGGGCACUGCUCUAGUGGUGGUCUACCUCAUCCUUUUGGCCCUUUACUUCUUUGCUCCUUCUCCACGCUCUUGUUGAUCUGCUUGCCAAGAAAAAACUGAGGCUCCAAAGUGUUAUGCCACUUUAAAAAUGCACUAAUGCCUCAUCUUCAGGUGGUGUGGGUUCAGUGGCACAAAAGAUGGAAAAAGAAUUGGAAUGAGCUUUUAAAUUUCACAGUGGAGCUGUAAGUGAAUAGCAGUUUGUUUUUGUCAAUAUAUGAUACUGACAUUUUCCCAAUUCUGGCUGGCAUAAAAAUCUGUGACUUCAAGUUUUUGCUCUUGCAUUUAUAUGUAAAUGUGGGCUAUUUAUUUUUGGUUCUGCAUCAUUGUAAUAUGUGGUUUAUACUGGACAUAAUAAAUGCAUCAAUUUAUAAAACUUGUCUGUAAAAUAAGAUCACUUUUUAACUAGUGUUUUACUACCUACAUAAUUUUGUUUUUAAAACAUGGUUUCUUUUGAAAAAUGUACACUAUAAUUGAUAUUGGAUUUCCAUUUCUGCUACAUUUUUAAAUAUUGACUAUGGAGUUCAUUGUCGACAUAUUGUCCCAUUUAGUAUGUUCAAUUAACAGGACAAAUGCCAUGCAUGUUAUCACCUUGAUCUAGUGUGCAUUCUCAGAAACUGACAACAGCAGUUCAUGCAAAAAUAAAUAAAAUAGAAAAUAAAACAA